CAACUCACUCAAUGGCCGGCACAAAACGCACCUGGGACGGCCACCCCCUAGAUACUGCACCCCCCGCAACAAUGUCCACCGACUCCCCCUCCAUCCACGCGAUGUUCGAGACCUUCCGCAACGAGCUCGACGAGCACCACGACCGCCGCGAGCGCCUCAUCAAAACCAGCAGAGACAUCACCGCGCUCAGCAAGAAGAUAAUCUUCUCCCUUCAACGAAUCCGCCAAAUAAACAAACCCCUCCCCCCCAAAACAAUCAAAGAGAUAAACGAGAAAUUCAACCAAAUAACCCACCUCUUCACAACGACCCUCCCAGACCUAACAUCCCAAAACCAACACCGCUACCAGCGCCAACUCAGCGGCGCAAUCCAGGAGUUCAUCGAGGCGCUCUCCUUCCACCACUACCUAACAACCCAAACCCUGAUCACCCUCCCAGAAGUGCGCGCGCACCUGCCCACCGGCAUCCCGCUCACGGAGGAGGAUUACCUGAUGGGGUUGUUCGACCUCACGGGCGAGGUGAUGCGGUUUGCGGUGACGACUUUGUCGGGCUCUUCCUCAUCCCCUUCUUCAACGGAAGAGGGGGAGGGGCAGGGGGAGGGGAAGGACAGUGCUACGGCCAAGCAGACAAAAGUCCAGCUGCCCUCCGAGCAGAACGCCAUCGUCGUGGAUCUGCGCGCGAUGCGGGCGGCUAUUGAGCUCCUCAAUAUCCCGCGGCGGCAUGCCGGGCUUAUGUUCCGUGAUAUGGGCCGGAAGAUUGAGGUCAUGCAGGGGUCUGUCGAGAAGGUGGAGCGCGCGGCGUAUGGGAUCUUGGUCCGCGGGAGUGAGAGGCCUGAGGGGUGGAGGCCGGAUUUGAGUGCCGGUGCUGGAGGGGCCGGGGAGGGCGAGGUUUACUAG